AUGUCGUGGAAAUGUUUAACCCAUUGGAAGAUUCCAAAAGAUAAUUUCUAUCCCAUUUCAAUGGCUUGUGUAGCGGAUGAUGAUCAACAAACAACGACAAUCGUAGUAGCGAGUUCAGAGCACGUGUUCUUUCUUCCCGUGGUAAACAUUAAUCGUACCUUCAACGAGCAGCACUUGUUUACUCGCUGUGAUAACGAGUUGGAUGCACCGAUACGUGAGUUAAAAGCUGCAGAUUCAACAGUGUUCCUAGUUUCGUCAGAUGGCCGUUUAAUGGCAAACGAACUGGUGGACAAUAAUUUAACCAAACUCGGUACUUACAAUAGAGUCCUGCAUGUCGACUGUUGUUCCGUAACUAGUAAACUAUUCCUAGUGAGACAAAUGGAGACAACUGGUCAAAUAGUGUUGGAAGUGGAGGAAGGUUCUAAAAGACUCUCGUCUCGUCUUACUUCCAAGCGUUAUGACCUCGUGAUGGAAAGUAUCGAUAUCAACGCCCGAUUCAACAUCAAAUGUUUCGUUGUAAGCGAAGCAAAUGAACGUUUUAUGAGUGAUUUCCUGUGCUUUACAAAGCUUACGAUGGGUGACCAAAUUUUGCUUGUAGCCAUCAAUAACAGUCUCUGCUGGCUGCAGACGCAGGACACGGGUGAAAGUGAUCUAAUAACAGUGCGUUGUUUUGGCUCGUGUGUAAUGGAUUUUGAGUUUUCGGAAGCAAACCUUUGUCUAACGGUUUUACUGCAAUCAGGUGUGCUGGUCGUCUUUAACAAUAGUCUAGAUCCGGAAGCUUUAACAGUUUCUACCUCGUCGGUGUAUCUUUCGGCACCGAUCGAAGCUUACAUGUUUGAAAAGGAGAAUAAUGCAUUCCUGUACUCGAAUGAUGCUGGAAUCCAACGUGUACAUUACUAUUACUCGGAAAAGACUAAUCAAAUCGUAACAGAAAGGAGAGAAAUUCCCAUUCGAGGUGUAAUAGCAAUUACAUGGAUCGAAAGCAAAGCAGUGGCUUUGCUGCUAACGGACAACAACCAAUUCUAUACCAUCGAUUGUACCAAUAGAAAGCAAAUCACUACAGUGGAAGUACCGAAGAUUUUUACGAUUGGAAAGGGAAGACAAACCAGUUCGAAGCGCAUGACCAACAGGCUUACGGACGAGGUAUACUUUGACAAACGUUUAGAUGAAGCGUUGCAAGCCGAACAAGCCAAAUUUGACCUACUAGCAGUGUACAGCAAUCGAUCAGUGUUUGAAGGGCUUGCUCGUGUGGAUAUUACCUUUCAUCGUGACAUGCCAUCGAGGCAAGGAAAAACUAUCUGGAUAAGAAAUCAGCAGCAAGAAUCUGUAUGCCUAUUUGCUAGCAUCAAAAUAGAAAUCAACCUCGGAUUCUUCACCCUACUCGCUAACCAAAAACAGUGGAAUAUUCACAUUGAGCAUAACCAGAGCUUUGUAACUUACCCGUUACACGACACAUUCUACUCCGAAGGAGUGCUCAAUGGAAUAUUUACUCUUAGCAAAUCAGCAUUGAGAACCGGGCCAACAUUCCGCUGCAUGCUUGUGACGAAGUUGAAGCAUGGCAAUGAAAGGCUUCUUUUGACGAUUCUGAUUCCCGCAUCUGUACAGCCAGUGGAUGACUUUGCAGCACACUUCGUACAGAAUGUAGCAACGCCAUUAAUCUCAUCUGAAGGAAGUGUGACGUCAGCUGCCAGGGAUAUGAUAGCACAAAACAAUCCUUAUCCAGUUCGAUCACAAAACCAAGCUGAGCGUAUCAUUACGUACUGCAUUCGAAACGAACAAUCGAAAGCAAAGGCGGUUAGCUUUUCCAAUUUUUUGGAUAACAACAUCUGCGACACGUGGUCCGCAUUGGAUGUAUCGGUCACCAUGAGCUGGCAUAGUGGUAGGGCAGCACUGUGCCUCAAAACGAACUGCCCGGUAGCGAUGGAUGUGGUGAAACGGUUUUUGCUGGACAGUGAUGAGUAUAACGCUGAAAUCGAACAGAGAAGAGAUAAAUUAAAAGGCAUGUUGCUCGAGCUGCAGGCGGUCACAGAUGGUGAGCUAAUCGUUAAACUGUAUCGAACAGUACGAAACAACGAUGUGGUUGAUGAUGAUGUCUUGUCCCACGAGCCUCGUUAG